CUCUUGACCAUGCACAACAAAAUGGUUCAAACUAAUUAUAGUACUCCUCCUACCGAUUGGUCACAAGAAACACUAAUAGCAGCCGCCGACGAAGAAAUCCCGACGAUCGACUAUUUCUCCCUCUUCUCCGAUGACCCUGACCGGCGUUCCACAGCCCUGGACUGCCUCUCUACAGCUUGUGAACACUAUGGCUUCUUCAAUUUGGUGAACCAUGGGAUUCCUGCUGGAGUGAUCGGAGGUGCUUUGAGGGGGAUAGCCGAUUUCUUCGAGCAAACGACAGUGGAAGAGAAGAGCAAGUACAAGAAAGGUGAUCCCGGGGCUAGGAUUCUUUGGGAUGCCAGGUGUCACGCUGGGGAGAACAGGGAACAUCUCAAGCUCCUCACUCGUCCAACAUUCCAUUGCCCUCCUAAUCCACCUUCCUUUCGAGAAGCAUUGAGAGAAUACGAGAGGAGAUUCCACGAAGUGAAGAUGGGAUUAGCAAGGGCUAUGUCCUUAAUCUUGGUACAUGAAGAGUCCUACAUUGAGAAAGCUUUCGAUCUAGAGUCAGGCUUUGAUGUGGCUGCCAUGAAUCGUUACCCACCAAACUUCCAAUCGAAGGGCACCUUGGGACUGGCUGAGCACACCGACCCUGGUUUCAUCAUCUCCCUCAUCCAAGAUACGGAUGGCGGCCUUCAAAUCCUAACCCAUCAAGGACAGUGGAUCGACGUCCACAUCCCUCCCAAUGCCAUCUUAAUUCAACUCGGGGAUCAAUUGGAGGUCUUAACCAAUGGCAAGUACAAGAGUCACAUCCAUCGCGUGCUGGUGGGUGACUACAGGACGAGGAGGAUCUCGCUUGGCAUACUCCAUGGGCCAUUCGUAGAACAAUUUGUAGCUCCGACAUCGGAAUUCAUGGACGACGCUGACUCGACAGCUUAUCGUGGAACGACCUACUCAGAUGCUCUGCAAGCCAAUGGUCGUUACGAAAUUGAAGUUCAGUCAUGCAUCGAACAACUUAGAAUGCUACCUCUAUAAUUGAUUUAUCGGAUAUACAUAUCAUCAUAUAUAUGGUAUGGAUGGCGUAUCUUGUUGAGUUGGGUGGUACAACACUACCGACACAAAGUAGAUAUUCCAAUGUGCGUCAAAUUUGAACGAGUGUUUUUGUUGUGUUUUGCUCCUCCAUCCGGCCACAUAUUUAGAAUGACCCAACACCGUUUUAUAACACAACAUUUGUUAAAAAAACAUGACUAUAUUUUUCGUCUAAAGUUCGACAAUCUUUAGUAAAUUUUUAGUUGAGACAUCCUUACUAGUUACUAAGGAACCAAACUAAGACUAAACUGCAAUCCUUUAGAAUCUUUAAGAGAAUGCAUGUUAAGUUUUUGUCAAUGUCUUAAAUUGAAGGUUGAGAUGUUUAGAAAAUAGUCAAUAUAGGAUUUUUUGUGUUUCUUUUAGGGACGAUAAAUGUUUAGAUUACGAGUGAGUAACUGAUUCUUUACUCAUCUUCAUAACAUAUAUUUUGGUUGAAAUUCUUUCAUCAAUAAUAUCAAUGACUUUUAGAUUAAGAACCAACAAUCAUAGAAGACAAAUUAUAUUUAAUUCUCUUUCGUUAUGUUUUAAGCUAAAGUUCAAGUGAUUCAAACGCGAAAAUUAGGCACAUAUUAGAUGAGGAAAUAAAGUUUUAACUUGAUAAAUACCUAUACACAUAUGAUACAAAUCAUGUAAGCUAGAGUACGUACCUGGUUUCUCAUCUUCGAACUGCCAUUGACGGCUGCCAAUACUUCCGUUUGCGUUUCACUAUCACUCCAUAAAGUUCCCAAUACUGUUAAUCAACGUACAAAAAUCCAUAUAUGUAUAUGAAUUUCUAUUCAACCUUUUCAUCGAUACUCUGCUUAAGUUUCCAUUUGAUCAUCCCCUCGUCAGACACAAGGUCAGCCGGUUCGAAAUAGGCAGGAUUCAGAAAUUUAGACUAGCAGUUCCGAGUAUUCUCAACCUUGUCCUUCAAAGGAUACAAUAUCACAAAGACCAAAUAACUUAUCUCAAAGUAUUCAAAAUGCUUCUCUGGGGACUGGGGGGCGCUCAACCUGAAGCUGAAUUGGGGGUUACUCGUGGAUUUGCAUUCGAAAUAAGUGGAGUCGGGGAUCCCCCAAUUUUCCAAUGACAGCAUCACAGUGAGCGCAUUCGGAUAGAGCGCUCUUAUAUAAUCCAAGCAAAGUCUUUCUCCUCUAAUACCAACGUCAUCUUGAUCAAUGGUUUGAUUCGCGAAUAUAAUAACAUCACUUAGGAUGUAAACUAAACGAAUCAUAGGUGUGUUAUUGGGGGGUGAGGGGGCGAAGAUGCUUGACAUGUUAUAACAUAUAUUUUGGUUGAAAAUCUUUCAUCAAUAAAUCUCUAAUAUAUCAAUGACUUUUAGAUUAAGAACCAACGAUAAUAGAAGACAAAUUAUAUUUAAUUCUCUUUCUUUAUGUUUUAACCUAAAGUUCAAGUGAUUCAAACGAGAAAAUUAAACACAUUUCAGAUGAGGAAUUAAAGUUCAUUAUCUACAAUAAAUGCACAAUAGAUAUUAUUCUACGAAAGUAUAAGCGGGUAUAGUAAUAUACGGUAUGGCAGUAAGGUUUGUUCAAAUUUUUUAUGAAUAAUUUAUCCAUUUAUUGGUGCAAAAUAAAUAAAUUUUUAAUUAAAUUAUAUUCUCUUAAAAGUUUAAGCAAAAUUUUUAUCAAAUUCAUUCAUUGCAUAUAGAAUAACUAUUCAUAGUAAUUAAAAGGGUAUUAAAUGAAAUUUAUAAUUUUUG